ACCGCCCACUUCAUCGGAUUUCCGCCCUCGCAUUACUUCUCUUACGAAUACAGAUCCAUUCUAUCAUUUGAGGGCCAUUGGGAACUCGUGUCCUCCAUCCAGCAUGUCACUCACUGCGCGGGAACGACGAAAUCCUCCGCCGCGGCGGAAGUCCUGCGCCGCAUGCAUCAAGGCUAAGCGGCGCUGCGACAUGGCCGUCCCAGCGUGUAUGCGAUGCUCUCAGCGACGCGUGCAUUGUCAGUAUCCAAACCGGGGCAUCCAAAACCAGAAUCCCGUGAGGUCCCAACCAGACCCGAUGUCGGGUCUGUUGAUCGGGGAUGCGAUGUGUCUAUCGCCAUCAACAGUGGGGCAGCUUGAGGGAAGCAACGGCGACUUCAACUCGGUUGCGGCAACUAUCGAUGCGGCGAACAUCGAUCCAAGCGUCAGAAACUUGGCGCCUUUUGAACUUCCGAUCUAUGAUGACACCUUGGAUCUAUUGGAUACCCUAGAUAUUUUACAACAACAACCAUCAACGCUAGUUCCUCCAUCAACAAGGGUGUUUGAUGCGGUUCCAGAGACAAUCGCGAAUCGGUUGCAGUGGUCCAUAGACGAGAUCCGCAAGGCACCAAAGAGUAUGGUUCUAGAAAACCAGACACCUUGGUGUCAUCCAAUGGUAUACAAGGAUGAGAUGCCUCGGUCUAUGCAAGAUGCCCACGCCUGCUGUGCAUUGUACCUAGCAAAGAACCGUGUGAAUGCACCUAUCAUAUUUCGCUCCAUCGAAUCCCGGGUCAGCGAUCUCCUCCGUUCGCCGGCCCCGAACGCUCCCAAGGAGUGUCUUGCACACACCCAAGCCCUGCUACUCUACCAGAUCAUCCGUCUCUUAGACGGCGACAUUGGUGCUCGGGUCUCCGCCGAGCGUGAUCUCAUAGCUAUUGAGACCUCUGCUAUUGCCCUGUUUGCAUACGCCCAGUUCGACCUCGACCCAGCCGCAAAAGAGCUGCCGUUGUUUCCCAUCACACCCACCAAGACGUUUUGGAUCGAGUGGGUCCUACAAGAGUCGAUACGCCGCACACUCCUCCUAACAUUCUACUUCUUGCAAGCGUAUCGAAUCAUGACGCUCCAAAAGGGGCUGCAGUGCGAUGGAAAGUUGGGGCUCUGCCACUCAUGGACGGUGUCGUCUUACUUGUGGCAGGCGCGGACGCCAAUGGAAUUUGCAGAGGCAUGGACGAAGAAAAGGCAUUUUGUAGUAACGAAUGCUAGCUUUACUGAGUUGUUGCAGGAGGCGAUGGCGGGUGAUAUAGAUUCGUAUGGGAAGAUAUUUAUCACAUCAUUGAUGGGGAUUGAUGAGGCGGAAGGAUGGUUUGCAAGUCGAGGGGGCAGUCUUUGAAAGAGCUGUAAACGAUGACUUUCAUUAGGGGUAUUUACCGAUACGAACGCCAAUUUGCAUCUGCCCGAGUAGUUGAAUGAGCAACACGAUGGAUAUAAGAUCGAAUGCAUUACUCGACGGCGUCAUGCCCGCCAAUUUUCUCAGGCAAGCCCGACGCCAGGCAAGAUAGAGGAGCGUUUAUUGUAACACGGCGGCAUUGAUUUGCGUA